AGAACCGACUGUUGUACGCACUCCUCUCGAGUUCUGGUCGCAUUGACCGCGGUUCGUAGUCGCGCUCUCGCGAUUUCCUUACGGAAGGUGCAUGCGUGCGCGCGCGCGCACGGUCCUCGUAAUAGAAGGCCGAUAUGGAAAAUGAUCGGACGAUACGAGGGAUCGUGCUGCUACGGAUUCAUCUUAAACGACGUGAAUUCUUCAACGAGUAAUAUACAAGAUCGUCAAGGAGAAGGUGUUCAGGAUGAGCGGCUCUCAACAAGAAAAUGCGUCAACCAUUGUCUGCAGGGAGGUUUUCGACGAGACUUCUCACCCCUCCAACGAAGAGGUACUGGAUUAUGCCAAGAGACUCGGAAUCGACCCAGAUACCGAAGCACAUUUACUCCCUCUGGCACGCGAAGGACUUAUGGCUGCCCUUCCAAAGGGCUGGGUACCAUGUUAUCACGAAACCAGUGGGGCUUGGUAUUAUUAUCAAGCUUCGACCAGUACAACCACAUGGGAACAUCCCUUAGAUUCAGUAUAUAGGGAACUCGUCGAUCAAGUCAGAAGUGGUAACCGACAGAUGAGUGUUGAGGAAGACUCGAAGACAACCGCAAAAGAUUUGGAGUCCCACGAGGAGGCAACUUUGCCUAAGGAUGGAACUAUUUUACGAGAGAAUACGAUAUUGAGAACGAAGAUUCCAACGAAAUUGGCACCAUUGAGAAAGAUCGAUAAAAGUCAGGAUGGAAGGAAGAAAGAAGAAAGAUUUCGUUCAAGACGAGAGAGUGAUACCAAAUCAGAUAUUAUCUCUUCUUUGUCGACCGAUCGAGCAGCCAGAGAUUAUACGAAUCUUAAGUUCCAAGAUCCUAACUUUUACGAAUGUCCUAAAUUGUUAGAUAACGUUAGUAUGAUUGGUAGUACAGAGACUACUCCAAUCACAACACCUAAGAAAGAAUUAGAUUUGAAGGAAGUACUGAAAAGAUCCGAAUCACUUAGUCCAAGACAUGAGAAAGAUUGGGAACAACUUUCUAGUAAGUUUAGUUCGGAAGAGAACAUCAUUGAUAUCGAUAAACUCAGUGCCAGUACUUUGGCUAGAUCUGAAAGGACAGAGAAAUUUGACAAAGAGAAACAUCCAAGUCAAUUAGGCCAACAAAAGGAAUUAACAUUAAGCGGAGGUGGUUCAAUGUUUCUAAAGAGUAAUCGUAGUAGAGAUACAACACCUAGUCAAGACAGUGCUAAAUUAGAGGAUUUUCGUGCCAGCGCUGAAGUCGUUGUCCCGGAUGCACUCAAGUCCAUUCUGAGAGAGAAACAAUCGGAGGAUGACGAGAGGCCGCUGGACGAGGAACGGAAGAGUGUACGAUUUGACCUUGAGAAAGAAGUCGACAUUAAGUUCACUUAUUCCGGAUCGGAAGACGAAUGGGAUUCUGGAUCGGAAGAACAAAAUCCACCCGCCUCGACCACUACUAUGAUUGAUCGUCAAUCGACAGGCUCGGAAACGUCAGCUUGGAAAACAUUUACUCGUUCUUUCGACGAAGACAACAAAGUUGACAUCGACGAGACCAAUGUGAGAAAGAAUACGCUUUUUACCAAACUACAGCCUUUACCAAAGAGUAGCAAAAUUGUUGGAAAGAGAUUCGUCGUUAGAAACGUUUCUGAAAGCGAGCAUCGUACUCAAAUGAAUGCAAACGAGGCAUCGCUUAUAAAAAUCGAAGAAAUCGAACAGAACGUUCAAAACAGUACCAGCAAAUUCGAGAAUAUUAAAAAUAUCGAUGUGAUAUCAAAAAGUGAGACGGAGUCGAGUAUAACGAGAAAUACAGACUCGACUAGCGUACCAGAAAAAACAUGGAAAACUACUGUUAGACUACGUAAAAAUAGUGUAAAUGGAAGUUUUGAUCUCGCUAGGAUCGAACGAGAACUUGAAAGUUCUCAUCGUUCUGGAAAAUCUAAGCUUGAACAUUCAAGAAGUUUCGAGGAUACGAAAAUGAAUUUAACCGUGGAACAUGAAAAAGAGAUGGAAACUUUGAAGAAAGAAUUUGACGAUAAGCUUGAACAAGCUAGAAAAGAAUUUGAAGAAAACCUUCGGAUUAAGAAAGAAGCCCUUAAACGUAACUUUGAAGAGAAAUUGAUUGAAUUUAAACGAGAAAUGACCGAGAAGGAAGAACAAGAAAUCCAAAAAUUGAUUGCAGAGAUGGACGAAUCAAGAGCAGAGAAUUUGAAGAAAGUUACAGAAGAAUUAGAAGUUUGUUACGAGAAAGAACGUUUAGAGAUAUUAACCAGUUUAAAAGCCGAAUUGAAUGAAAGAAAACGCGAACUUCUUGAGUUAAGAAAUCAAGAAAUGGAGAAGCUCGAGAACGAGCAUGAACGUGAUCUCGGUGAAGAAAAACUUGCAAAGUUGAACGAGUUUGAGUUGAAUAAGCAACAGAACGAAAGAAUCGAGGCAUUGAAAAAUAAACUUGAUAAGGAGUUUGAUGAUGUCAGAACUGAACUAAGAAUGAAGCAGAGGGAGAAAAUAACAAAGCUUACGGAGGAACACGACAAGUGUCUUGCCGAGAUCCUGCGUGACUUUAGAAUCGACGAGGGUCUUGCUCGUAAGAUGUACAAACAACGAUUAGAGGAAAUCCGUGCUGAUUUUUCUCGAGACGUUGAAAAGGAAGCUAGAAAGCAGACUGAACUUGCCAUUCAACAAGAGUGUAUGGACUUUGAGAAGAUGCGUUGCGAGAAACGUCUACUGCAGGACAAAUAUAUGGCCUUGAAGGAGAAAUACAUGAAGUUGAAGAACGAUGUAAGAUUAACCGUUGAGAGAAGGAAUAAGAGCAGAGGUGGAUAUACCACAGCAUCGGAAACAGAAAGAUCAAAAACUGAGAGGACUGAUUCGUCCGAUCAAAAUACCCCGCUGAGGAGCACACAUUCAACGAAUUCCGUGGCAAACGCUAAAUCAACAGAAGUAGUAGCUCGGACAGCAACGAACGAGAAGAGUCAGAGCUUAAACGAAAGUGAGGAUUCGAAAAGCGCGGCCAAAAGCAGUCAGGGGUUUCGAGGCGUUGUUUCCACCAAUAGCGUGCCUUCUUCGAAGAACGCCGCGAAAUUUGAAUCCGACGACACUACUACAGCGAGUGAAACGAAUGCGAACACAAUGAGGAGACGUAAAAGUCUUGGAAGAAAGACUAUUUCUAAUAGCAAACAACAAAACGCUACUCUUAAUACCACAGGCAACAACAAUAACAACAAUAAUCUUGAUAAUCCCGUAGAAAAUAUCAGAAAACAAUUGGAGAAGCUUGAACAUCUUGGCGAUCAAUUGCCAAGCAAUGAAACGGCCUACACGCUUCGAUAUCCUUUCAAGGAUAAAGCACCAGCGAAUGCCUCCUCGGAGUUAGAAUUCUUUCGGCAUCGGAUACACGUGGAAAGGGAUUCAGUAAGAAGGGCUAGAGAAGCAUUGAAACAACAGAGGAAUGCUUUUCAGGGUAGACAAAGAGCUUUGAAACAACGAAGUGCUAGAGCUACGUUAGAACAGCUAGUCCAGGAAGAACGUGAACUCUCCGACAUGGAAGUUAGCUUACAUCGUACCAGAAGUCUUUUAGGCGAAAAAGUCAUUCAUCUGAGACAUUUAGAACAAUCCUUAGAAAGAGUAGCAAAUGCUAAAAGGAAUGAAAAUGAUGCUACAUCGACAAAGAAUGACGAAUUGACCUUAAGCGACAUGUCAAGCGCCAGUAGCGGCUUCAGUUCGACAGAUAUUGGAACUGAUACCUUUAUAGAUAAGCUAGAUCAUUAUCAAGAGUCAACAGAGAUAAUUGCUAAUUUAGAGAAUCUUAAUUCUGAAAUACGUGAGAUUUGGAGUGUCCUGAAUAAACGUCAAGAUAGUAAUAUACCACCACCACCUACUUUGAUGUAUUCCUAUUUAAGAUGGUUACGUCUUCAUCCUCUUACUGCUUCAACGACCAAUAUACAAGGAACCUUUGGCACUCCGAACAUCCAAUCAAAUAUCUUGUCUCAACUGACCGCAGCGCAACCACCAACAACAACAACCACUCAAAACAUAAUCGCUCAAUAUGGUCCUAAUAGUGGGUUCACUACAAGCGUUGGAAACACCGUUGAAAAGAGUUCUUCGAAUUUGGCUGAUAGAACUCGAAAUCUCAGGGAUUGGUUAAGACAAGCUCGUGUCGAGACAACCGACAUAAUUGGCCCUGGACAAGCAACCCUCUAAAGAUAGAACAAAUCAUAUUUCACAAUAACAAAAAUACUUCUUCCUCGUAUAUCUCUUAUCCGUAGCUGUGAAAUUCUUACUUCGAUAUCGUUUUCGUAAAACGUUGUUGCUGAUUAGUUCCUCGACUAUUUCACUGAUCGAAACUCUUGAAUUAGACGACGAAUUAGACGAUUUACUUUAGUUAGAGAAAGGGUGAACGAUACUAUUUUAUGAUUGAAAUAGUUGUAACACAAACACACACACACACACACACAUAUAGAGACAAUUAUAAACAGACCAACUUAUCUGAAAGAAUGGUCUGACAUAAGUCUUCGACAAAGCAUGAUCGUCAAUCGUUUCUUAAGAUCAUUAAUAUAGAACGUAGUUGAGAACGUAAUCACGUUUUUAAUUCCAAUUGAACGACGAUUUGAAAAGGGAGAUAUACGCUGUUAAGUGCAUUAUAUUUUAUGAUGAUACUUCUCUAUUAUAAUUCUAGUCGACGAUUAAAAAAAAAAGAAAAAAUAAGAAAAGGAGACUGUAAAUACCAAUAUUUUCGAUACUAUUUCAAUCCUGAAAUAGAGCCUUGACCACCCAUUAAAUAUGUCACUGUAAUACACUGUAUGAAUGUAAUGUUUGUAUCAUUUACUUAUCAUAUAUAUAUAUAUGAUAACGAAUUUAGCUCUUAGAGUUCACUGCUGCUACUACCUCAGUCGUGAAUCUUAAGUCUUUUGACUAUCAUACGAACAUGGGUGUGCCGAUUAUUGUUAUUAUUAUUAUUAUUAUCAAACAAAAUAAUUUUCACAAUCUCCUUUAUGUUAUCGAAUCAACGAUUUAGGAUCGCGACGUAAAAAAUGUGGAAUUAUUCGAAGAUAUGUGGCAGGGAUGUUCGAAUUAUUCUUAUGUUUCCUUUCAAUCCCAAAGAUUUUUUAUAGAUAAAAAUGUUACUUUAAAAGACGACUUUUUUAUAAUUAAAAAAAAAACAUAUAUAUAUAUAUAUGUUUCUUGAGAUAUACACCUCUUGCGUAUAGGUGUACACUAUAUAUUUUAGAAGUUACAUUUUUGGAAAAUCCAUUUUUCGUGUAACACGUGCGAUUUCUCGUAAAAAUGUAGAUAUUACGACAAAUAUGUACGAAAAGUCAAGGACAAAAGUCAAUUACUUUUUAAAUAUGUUUUCUCUUUUUUUUUUCGUUCGUUCGUUCAUUAUCAAUAAUAUAGUUACGUGUAAGAUUAGAAGAAAGAAAAAACAAGUGCCUGGUUUGUUUGAUUUAACAGAAAAAAAUCUUUCAAAUAAUUAAAAAAUGAAAAUCAAUUUGAAUAUUGACUUGGAGUUCUUGGUUGUUCGUAUUAAUCAUUUUAACAAAUUUCUAUGCCCAUUUACUUGUAAAUAGAAAUCCUCUCGAAAUGAUAAAUGAUCGAUGAAAACUUUAUCACGAUCUAACGAAUCUUUUCUUAAUAGUCUCGUUGUGUAUAUAUAUUUUUAUGAUCGAUUCAUUAUCAGUAUAUUAUUGUAUGUAUAAUAUAUACAUAUAUAUACAUGUAUGUAAGAAAGAGAGAGAGAGAGAGAGAGAGAGAGAAAGAAUCAGACGGUUUCAAAAGUUAAAAAAUCUUUUUAUUUAUUCGAUUAUUCGAUUUUUGGUAUCGUUCGUAUUUGAGAAAUCUAUUCGAUAUUUUUUUAAUUAUAAAUUGUUAAUGAAAAAAUAAAAGAGAAACAAACAAAAUGAAGGAUAUGUCAUAAACAUGAUCAAAAAGAAUCAAACACAUAUAUAUAUAUAUAUAUAUAUAUAUAUAUAUAUAUAUAUAUAUAUAUAUAUAUUCGUAGAUAUCUUUUUUAUACCGAUAACUUCUUUAUAUAAAUAUCGAGAUGAUUUCUUUUCGAACGUAAAUAUCAAUCAAAUCGCCUAAUUGAUCGCGAAUCGAUUAUAUCUCAGGUACGGAAAAAUAUCGUUUCGUUAGAAAUCGUAAAAUGAAUACGUAAAUAUAUAUAUAUAUAUAUAUAUAUAUACUUUGAUCAAUGUCCCUCGCAAUAUACAUAGUGUAUAUAUAUAUACAUAUAUAUAUAUAUAUAUAUAUAUAUAUAUAUAUAUAUAUAUAUCUUACCGAUUGGUCGUUCUAUUAAAAGAAGAACGUUACAUUAUACUCCGAACAUAAUAAUUAAUCAAAGCACGUCUCUCAAUUGCCAAAUCAUAGCGAUUAGAAAAACCUUUAUAUAUACAUACAUACAUAAUAUAUCAGUUUAACGUUUUAAUCGUUUAAAAAAAAAAAAAAAAAAAAAAGAAGAAAAAAAGAAAAAGAAAGAAAAAAAAACAACCACAACACGAAAUAUAAAAGAGAAAUUAAUACAGGUAUUAAUAUUGCCAAAUGUUUUUUUCAAUUUGAUUGAGUCUUCGAUUGGGAUUAUACGGUGACUAACUUUCGAUAUAUUAAUUAGAUUUUGAGAUUAGAAAGUUUCAUAGCGCAAAUCUAAACUGCAUAGAUCCUAGGUCACAAUAAUCGUGAUCUCAUUAAAAAUAUGUAACGUGUAAUGUAAUUAGAGAUCUUACACUUUGGAGUGAUGAUGAUGAUUAUUGAUGAUUAAUAAGAAUGAUUAGAUGAAGAGAGAGAGAGAGAGAGAGAGAGAGAGAGAGAGAGAGAGAGAGAGAGAGAGAGAAAGAAAUAGAGAAUAAUAAUGAAGUAUAAACGAAAAAAAUAUUCUUUCUAGUCAAACUAUCUAAUGAUUUCUAUGUCGUUUGUAUUUCGUAUAAAUUAAACGACUAUCGUAUUAGAAUAAUUUAGAAUAAUAUGCUUUUUAAUAUUUAUAUCAUUUAUUAUCUCAACUCCAAAGUAUAGUUCUUUAUAUCAGUGCCGUCCUUAAUGUUUUUUACGUUCACCUUAUUUAUAGUAUAUGCGAUUGAAUUAAGAUUAUUAGUAUGUUAUUUUGCAAAUAUGCAAAGAUCGAUUGUCAUACGUUAUUUUUAUUCAAAAAAAAAAAAAAAAAGAAAAAAGGAAAGAAUUUUUAAUCUACGUAUCGAUAUUAUUUAAAUUCACGACAGUAAGUCGCAUAGUUUUAAUGUGACAAAAUACUUUUAACAUUUGAACCGAUGAAAAAUUCUGUACAAAAUGAAUAUGAAACAUUAGCGUCCGUAAGAGAAUGAAGUAAACAAAAAAAUAAUAAUAGA